AUGGCUGCACAUCAGCAAAAAUGGCUGCACAGCAAAGUCGGUACACCACAUGCACUGAGCUCUUUCCUGAAAUUCUGCACAAAUGUAACUGAAAGCCACACAAAUCCAGUGGAGAAGAUCACAGGAACACAGGACCAUUCUUGUGUUUACUGCUGUGUUCCUGUUGAUAUGGGAAAAAGCAACGGCAGCGAUGACUUGGAUUCUAACCUAUACUCACCUAAUAAAGGCAAACCCGACAUCACAAAAAUGCUUUUCUGUGUUUGUAUUUUUGACAACAGGUUUUGCAUCUCCAAAUGCGCCAACACUCAUAAAUACCCACAGAAGCUAAUUGUCUCCCUUGUCUCAGACCUCCUGCCCAGCUCCAUAAUCCCCAGUGAAAACAGAGACCAGUAUUACCUCACACACACAUACAGACCAAUAAACACAAGCAGGAUGGUUCGAUUCUCCCUCACACACACGCGCUCACAGAUGUGGUACGAAGCUGCCACCACUCUGCUACAGCCACAUCUGCCAAACAGUGGGGAAGAUGACAAUAUUGUGCUGUACUGCAAGCAGGACAAAAAUAAAAAGAUGAUUUUAUUAAAGAAUUGA